AUAAACUUGUGAAACAUCCUUCCGCCGCUACACAUAUCUUUUGCAAGACAAGUUCUGCAACGAAAUGCAAUUAGCUUCACUUUGAGAACAUGUGGGGCUCUGGAUUUCUGAGGAAAAUAGCGGAUAGUCUUCUCGUCACUUGAAUAACGCUGAUAACCAUGGACGAAGGUGGACCAGCACAGUUGAUCAAAGAACUCUUCUCUCUCCAGGAGGAAAGGAUAAAAAUUUACCAACAGUUAGACCAGGGUCACAAUGUGUACCUUGGCACAUCUCCCGAGUAUGACUUCCUGACUUACCGGCAAGUCGUCCACGAUUGCACCGAGGAAUUCUCCAGAAUAUCCAAGCGGGUCAUCACCAUCGAGGAGCUGUUCCAAGGGGCAUUUCACAAUGCCGAGAUUGCCAAAUUGAUUCGGAAAAUACAGGAGAAUGAACAGGCGAAGCUGCAACUGACGGGUCAGCUGCAGAUAGCCAAGCAAAGACUUCAAGAUGAUCCUGGUGACUUGAUCGAGGAGGAAGUUACACAGCUGAAACACAAAAUAAGCACCACCGUCUCACAAAUAGCCGAACUACUCCAGGACCUGCGAUACGAAUCUGAGGACCUGCUGAUGGUCUGAGGACCCGUGACAGUCCGAGGACUUGGUCUCAGGACUUGAGUCUGAGGAACUACUGGAUGGGUCACAUGAUCCGAUUAAAACAUUUCUUCAUAAGUUGGAUGUGCAGCACACUAAGUGGAAUGAAUCAGCUGAAGUCACAAGAGGGCAGCAGAUAUUCAGGUCAUGAAUGCAUACAUGGAUGGAUUGUCGAUUCAAAUGCCACAUUUUGCAUAUCCUGGAUGUACAUGAUGCAAGUGACUUUCAAGACCAGUUUUUAACCCCCCCUAAAAAUCAUGGGACAUAAUGUAAAAAUCACCUUGUUGUACUUCCAGCGAGCUACAUGCUGCCUCUCAUCAGUAACCCAAAUAGAACCGACUCCAAGCUGCUGGCCCAUUGUUAGAUGUGGCUUAAAAAGAAAAGGGCUCCAUUUUCUUGUCAUACUAAAAUAAAAUCUACCUCUUUUAAUUCAUCAACUGAAUUGCUUCAGUUAGCCUUCUCGUCAAGUCCAGUUUGAUUAUUAUGCAAAUAUUCACGAGCAUAUCUGCUCAUGGGAGUUGGGGGCGGAGCUUGCAAAGUGGGGCAGGGUGGAUGUUGUGACCAUCCAAGAGUAAAGAAAUGCAAAUAAGACAAGGUCAUCCGUCUAGUGCCAAGUUUGCAAUGCUGAUACACGUCAAUAUUAUGUCCACUGAGAGUACCGAAAUCUGGAAACAGUGAUUAAAGAGAUUCGUUUGUGUUCUUUAUUCUGGAAUGGCAUUAAUAACAAUAA